UGUUGCAGCAGAGGAAAACGGGCGCGCUGGGUAGAUGACAUUGUGAAAUCCCGGGAGCCCAGACGCGAAUGGAGUAACUAGAAACGCUUUCUCAACAAACUCUUUCCGUCCUAAAACGUGCAGAAUUUCAAGAAUUUUGCACCUCGCUCACAACGAACUAGCUAGCCAGAGGUUACAGCAUUUUCUUAAACUAGUUAGCGAACUUACUUUAGUUGCACGAGUCUAGCUGCUGCCACCCUUGACCAAGAAAAAGGAGAAGUCACAACUUGCAGUUUGAGGGUUGUUCUGCAGGAAUGUCGCAGAAAGAAAGACCUACGUUUUAUCGGCAGGAGGUGACCAAGACGAUUUGGGAGGUACCAGAACGCUACCAGACCCUUUCUCCAGUCGGUUCCGGGGCCUACGGAUCAGUUUGCUCGUCGUACGAUCAGAAGACGGGUCUGAAGAUCGCUGUGAAGAAGCUCUCCCGGCCUUUCCAGUCCUUUAUCCACGCCAAGAGAACCUACAGAGAGCUACGGCUGCUCAAGCACAUGAAGCAUGAGAAUGUGAUCGGCCUUCUAGAUGUUUUCACACCUGCUACUAGUCUGGAGGAGUUCAAUGAUGUGUACCUGGUGACCCACCUGAUGGGGGCAGACCUCAACAACAUAAUCAAGUGUCAGAAGCUGACAGAUGACCAUGUGCAGUUCCUCAUAUACCAGAUCCUCCGGGGGUUAAAGUAUAUCCACUCAGCAGAUAUCAUUCACAGAGACCUGAAACCCAGCAACCUGGCUGUGAAUGAGGACUGUGAGCUGAAGAUUCUGGACUUUGGGCUGGCGCGGCACACAGACGAUGAGAUGACUGGUUACGUUGCCACUCGCUGGUACAGGGCCCCAGAGAUCAUGCUAAACUGGAUGCAUUACAACAUGACAGGUACAGUAGCUAGAGAUCUGAUGCAAUACAUCAUGACAGGUACAGUAGCUAGAGAUCUGAUAUAUUACAUCAUGACAGGUACAGUAGCUAGAGAUCUGAUAUAUUACAUCAUGACAGGUACAGUAGCUAGAGAUCUGAUGCAAUACAUCAUGACAGGUACAGUAGCUAGAGAUCUGAUGCAAUACAUCAUGACAGGUACAGUAGAUAGAGAUCUGAUAUAUUACAUCAUGACAGGUACAGUAGCUAGAGAUCUGAUAUAUUACAUCAUGACAGGUACAGUAGCUAGAGAUCUGAUAUAUUACAUCAUGACAGGUACAGUAGCUAGAGAUCUGAUGCAAUACAUCAUGACAGGUACAGUAGCUAGAGAUCUGAUGCAAUACAUCAUGACAGGUACAGUAGAUAGAGAUCUGAUAUAUUACAUCAUGACAGGUACAGUAGCUAGAGAUCUGAUAUAUUACAUCAUGACAGGUACAGUAGCUAGAGAUCUGAUGCAAUACAUCAUGACAGGUACAGUAGCUAGAGAUCUGAUAUAUUACAUCAUGACAGGUACAGUAGCUAGAGAUCUGAUGCAAUACAUCAUGACAGGUACAGUAGCUAGAGAUCUGAUGCAAUACAUCAUGACAGGUACAGUAGCUAGAGAUCUGAUAUAUUACAUCAUGACAGGUACAGUAGCUAGAGAUCUGAUAUAUUACAUCAUGACAGGUACAGUAGCUAGAGAUCUGAUGCAAUACAUCAUGACAGGUACAGUAGCUAGAGAUCUGAUGCAAUACAUCAUGACAGGUACAGUAGCUAGAGAUCUGAUGCAAUACAUCAUGACAGGUACAGUAGCUAGAGAUCUGAUGCAAUACAUCAUGACAGGUACAGUAGCUAGAGAUCUGAUGCAAUACAUCAUGACGGGUACAGUAGCUAGAGAUCUGAUGCAAUACAUCAUGACGGGUACAGUAGCUAGAGAUCUGAUAUAUUACAUCAUGACGGGUACAGUAGCUAGAGAUCUGAUAUAUUACAUCAUGACGGGUACAGUAGCUAGAGAUCUGAUAUAUUACAUCAUGACGGGUACAGUAGCUAGAGAUCUGAUAUAUUACAUCAUGACGGGUACAGUAGCUAGAGAUCUGAUAUAUUACGUCAUGACAGGUACAGUAGCUAGAGAUCUGAUAUAUUACAUGACAGGUACAGUAGCUAGACAUCUGAUGCAUUACAACAUGACAGUGGACAUUUGGUCUGUGGGAUGUAUCAUGGCUGAACUCCUCACUGGCAGAACGCUGUUUCCCGGUACUGACCACAUUGAUCAGUUGAAGCUAAUAAUGAUGCUCGUUGGGACGCCAGGGCCUGAGCUCUUGAUGAAAAUCUCCUCUUUGUCUGCAAGGAACUACAUCAACUCCUUGCCUCAGAUGCCCAAGAGGAAUUUUUCUGACGUGUUCAUCGGAGCCAACCCACAAGCUGUGGACCUGCUGGAGAAGAUGUUGGUUCUGGACACAGAUAAGAGGAUCACGGCUGCCCAGGCUCUGGCCCACCCCUACUUCUCCCAGUACCACGACCCAGAUGACGAGCCUGAGGCUGACCCCUACGACCAGAGCUUUGAGAGCCGCGAUCUGGACAUCGAAGAAUGGAAACGGCUGACCUUUGAGGCGGUAUGUGAUUUUGAGCCACCCAUCUUCGAUGGAAACGACAUGGAAUCGUGAUUGGGCGAUGUGAUUUCUACAAGCCCCUCUCCCGUCAACACCACACAUCUCCAUCACUGAGGUUCCCUCUUAUCAGACCACCUUUUGGAAUAACAAUAUCAUCAUCAGAGUGCCUACAAACGUUUGUCUAUUGUUAGUUAUAUUUCUUAAGCUCGCGCUCUCUCUCCCACCAUUUUGACUCAGUAAGGUGUUGCAAGGGAAACGGUACAAAAAUAGCCUGGUGACAUGACAAUGGCGAUGGGAGUUGGCUGUACAACCCAAACAGAUAUGGGACCAGGCUAGAACUACAAUGGAGGAUAGGAGAGCGACAUUUUAAGGGCUGUUAAGUCGGUGUUAACAAAUACUGAUUGUAUGUGUCUACUACCAUGUAUUUUCAAGGGAGAAACAGAGGCAAGCAGAAAACAACCACUAAUACCAUAAUUGGUCCAUUUCUGAAAAAUCUCAUGCUUCUUUUAUUAUUCUGUCCAUAUUUGUGUCACAAAUGGCACCCUAUUCCCUAUUUAGUGCUCUACUUUUGACCAGGGCACUAUAUAGGGAAUAGGGUGCCAUUUGGAAUAAAAUCUAUAUUUAAACUAGUUUUGUAUUCCUCCUUCAGAAGUUUUAUUAUUAUGAAACUAUUGCUUACCACUGUAUUCUAUUGCUCACCACUGUGAUAUCCGAAAGAAAUUAGAUGCUGAAUUGAAACAUCCGGAAAAUGUGUUCUGAUUGAAUCAUUUCAUGGUGUGCAUCAUCUGAAAUGUGUUCUGAUUGAAUGAUUUCAUGGUGUGAAUCAUCUGAAAUGUGCAAUAAUGCUUGUCUGUCACUCGCGCUCUGCCAAUCUACCAAUCACAGCGUUCGUGUCAGACUCCCCUGGUUUUGUUUUUCUGUCAAUCAGCACUGGUGUCAAGACUCCCAGGCGCUUCAUAAACCGUUGACGAUCUGCUUUAAUGGGUCUGUUAUAUGACAUAGGAUGUGUCCCAAAUGGAACUCUACUACCUAUAUACUGCAGUACUAAAUGCGAAAGACUAUAUUUCAGUUGAAUGCAUUCAGUUGUGCAACUGACUAGGUAUGUUCCUUUCCUUUGAACAGGGCCCAUAGGCUUAUGGUCAACAGUAGUGCACUAUAUAGUGAAUUGGGGGCCUUUGGGAGGCACAUAGGGAUUCAGUCUAUUCUUCAACAUUGUUAUGAACUUAUUAACUUUGAGGAAAUGUUUUAGCUGUGAGAAAUGUUUCAAUAUACCACGAUGCAGAUGAAUUCCCCCCCCCCCAAGUAUUAAAACUGUUGAAAACCAGCGCCAGAACAUAGGAUGUUUAAUACCUUUUACAUUUUAGUCAUUUAACAGACGCUCUUAUCCAGAACGACUUACAGGAGUAAUUAGGGUAAAGUGCCUUGCUCAAGGGCACAUCGACAGAUUCUUCACCUAGACAGCUCAGGGAUUCGAAGUAUCAACCUUUCGGUUACUGGCCCAACGGUUUUAACCGCUAAGCUACCUGCCGCCCAUUUAGUGCUCACAAGCCGUAAAAUCAUUAUUCAGCUAACUGAAUACCCAAAUGAUGUCAUUCUGGCAGAUUCAGACAAUUUUUGUUGCUUCCUCUAGUCCUCAUCUCCUUGAUCUGCACUGAGGUAAAGGAACUGGACAGGAGAAAGCGAAGGCCUGGUAGGGCUCAACUAUAUUGCUUUCAACUGUUCUGUGUUUUCAGAACAGAACUGUGCAGAUGAAGGACACAAUGGAAGGAAGCGACUGUAGAAUAUUGAGAUACAGCCCGAGUCAGAAUAUAUAACUGUGAUAGCCCCAGGACUCUAGCCUAGUUGAACCAUGCUGCGCUCCAUUGAAUAGACAAUUCAUUCUGGUUUCACCACUUUCCAUAUUGACACUUUAAAACCAGAUGGAGUUGAUAUGAGCCAUUGUGGGUUGUCAAUGAAUGUGCCAAUCAACGUGGCGUUAAGUAAACUAGGAAAAAUAUGUAUUUUUGGGUACAAAAUCAACUCAAAUGUAUGUAAAUAUCUGUUCUAUAUUUUAUUUUUUAAUCUUCAUUACUUUUUUGGUUUGUUGAAUUUAAACAAUCUUCAUUAUCAGCAUGUUCAUCAUUUGUGCGUGUGUUUUGAAUAUAUGUGUUAACAGGAGCUUGACGUGUCAUGCUUAAAGCAGCAAAAUAGAAAAAUGUAAAUCCAUGUCAAAAAGAAAUGAGGGAAUUGCUUAGAUAUAUUUAUACUUUGUUGAGGUGGUAUUUCAACUGGAGAGAUACUGUUGUUUAUUUCAGCCAAUCCCCAUAAAAGACUGACAUCUAACAGUCUUUACAGCAGAGUAACUAUUACUAUAAUUAAUGCCUUUGUUUAUAAAGAAAUAAAGACAGUCAUUUUUAAGUCAA